CUCUUGAUCUCACCACAUAUCAUCAAGAACGAUGCCUCCAAAACAUGAUUUAAACAAGGCCGGACAAGAAGAUUCAGAUUUUCCUAUUCUUUGCGAGACAUGUUUAGGUGCGAAUCCAUAUGUGAGAAUGUCAAAACAAUCAUUAGGAAAGGAAUGUAAAAUUUGUACUAGACCAUUUACAAUCUUUAGAUGGUUACCUGGAGCAGGAAUGAGGUAUAAGAAAACUGAGAUUUGUCAAACUUGUGCUAAAUUGAAGAAUGUUUGUCAAACUUGUUUACUUGACCUUCAGUAUGGUUUACCUACUCAAGUUAGAGAUACUGCACUUGGUUUAAAUUCUAAAGCACCUACUAGUAAUAUCAAUCGAGAGUAUUUUGCUCAAAACAUGGAGAAUCAGUUGGAGGGGACUUCUGAGAUGAUUAAUUAUGAUCGUCAAGAUGCAGGUGGAAAGGAUGUUUUGAAAAAAUUGGCUCGAACGGAUCCUUACUAUAAACGAAACAGACCUCAUAUCUGUUCAUUUUAUGCCAAAGGAGAAUGCGCACGUGGUGAUGGUUGUCCUUAUCGUCACGAGUUACCAGUUGAGAAUGAAUUAAGUAAACAGAAUAUCCAAGAUCGAUAUCACGGACGAAAUGAUCCAGUAGCACGAAAGAUUUUAUCAACCUAUGCAAAUUCAACAGGUCUUACUCCACCUGAAGACGAAUCGAUCGUUUCACUUUUCCUAUCAUCUUUACCACCAGAAGCUACCAACGAAUCUAUCAUUCGACACUUUUUUACUUCGAUUGGAAUCGAAAGUAACAAGAUCAAAUCAGUAGUUGUAGUACCUACUUCAAGAUGUGCAUUUAUCAAUUUUAUUAAUAGAGGUGUAGCAGAAGAUGCCGCUAGUAGGUGUAGUGUUAGAGUCCAAAUCUCAGGAAAAGAAGUGAUGGUGCGUUGGGGUAGAUCAAAACCUAAGAAAAAUGAUGGGAAUAAUCAAUCGGAUGUGAAUAAUCAAGAUGCGAAUGCUACGAUUGGAGAAAGAGAAAUUGCUAGUAGUAUGUAAUUGUUGAGGUGUUUUUUGGAUAACUUUUGAAAUGAAAAAUAGUGUUUUGCUUUUG